UAUUUCUGACAUUUCUUUUGAAAAUACCAGUGACUCUAAAAUUGGGAAUCCACUCUACGGUUUUAGGUGUAAUGUUUUUAAAUUCACAUUCACACCGAGCUAAUCGAAGGUCGUUGCGCUUCGAUUUCCGAACUGUAGAUGUCGCUAGGGACUGCUAAACAAACGAAUAAUACAACGUUUAUUAGCUAACGCUAAAAACAAUGCUAGCAAGCGGAUUAAAAUCAAUUUUUAUUACAGACCCAGGCACAUAUAGACAUAUAAUAUGUUAGCUGGCUCUUCAUCUACUUUGGAAAGGCACAGUGAUUAAAUGAGCUAACAGAACCUUAAAGGACGGACCCAUGAUUGACAAAGAUGGCCGUGAGUAUAAAUCUUCCGGCAUCAGCGCUGAUAAGGACGACGCAAGUGAUGAGACGCAACCCGUCCGCGUGACAUGCACGGAAAGGUCAAUGAUUGUCCAGGUGAAGGCUGACCUCUAUGGACCCAAACACGUUGUGUCUCCCGGGGAGCUUUUUCUGGGGGGUGCUGAGCAUUCAGGCUCCAAACCGUGUCAGGCACUUCCUGCUGGAGACGCUGAGUACAUCGUUAAGGCUGGACUCCAAGAGUGCGGCACCCAGCUAUCACUGUCCGACGAUUCUGUAAUCUACUCCAACCAUCUGAUCUUCUCACCUCUGCCCCGUCGCCAUGGCAUCACAAGGAUGACCCAAGCUGUUAUUCCCGUUUCCUGUCACUAUCAAAGGAGACACAUUGUGAGCAGCCACUCUCGGAAGCCUCCUCAGAUGAUCUCCAUGUCUCCAAAGACCUCACCCUUCUCGUUGAAGCUGAUGUCCGAUGACUGGACAAGGCAAAGGCUCUCCAACGUCUUCUACCUUGGAGAAGUCCUCAACCUUGAAGCCUCCUACAGCAAACCCGGUACACAUCAAAGAUGGCUCUUUAUGGAUCACUGUGUUGCAACCUUGUCUCCAGAUGCAACAUCAGUGCCCAGAUACUACUUCAUUGAAAACAAUGGGUGUCUAUCCGACUCGAGACUGAGUGGCUCAAGAAGUCACUUCCUGUCCCGGAAGAGAGCGGAUGUUCUCCAGCUGCGGCUUGAUGCCUUCCUGUUUCGCCAGGAUGAAAGGAACUCUAUCUUUAUAACAUGUCAAUUGAAAGCCAGAUCAGAGAUGUGGAGCAGCAGCCCUGUCAACAAGGCUUGCUCUUAUGUGAAUUCAAGAUGGAAAAGCGUGGAUGGGAGCGAUGACGUGUGUCGCUGCUGUGAAAGCAUCUGCAGCCCGAAUCCCCCAACAUGGAGCAAUAAGGAUUUAAGACGUCAGAAGCAGAAAGGUUCCAGUACAUGUGACACCAUCGUUCUGGGGCCUCUUGUGAUUCUACCCAACAAGUAGCCAAAACGUGGCCAAUAAACAGUUUUAUUUGGUUCU